AUGCAACGGCCCAUGUCCAUGUCCGCGUCCCCGCCAUCCUCCUCCGCCUUCCAACUCGGCAAGAUGAAGCUCGCGUCCACCGCAAAGACGCUCACUCCCCAGCGCAAACACCGCAAGAUGCUCAAAGACGGCUCAUCCGAGGUCUGGCCCGAGAGCAUCGAGAUGAUAUUCGUCAAAGGCCUCGAAGAGUACCUCACCUCGCCCUACGCAAAUCACAGCCGCGGCCGAAGCCGGUGGCGGAACCAGUUCCUCGUCGACCACCUCCAGAAGCACGGCAUCGUGCGCACCAAGAAGCAGGUCGCCUCUCACAUCCAGGUCCUCCGCAACAUGUGGAAGGGCGAGCCGCACUUCCGCCUCGUCGCCGGCGGGGACGACGACGACCUGCAGCCCGGCUCCGGCGCCGAGCCGACCUCGCCCUCGUCCUCCUCGCUCUCCGAGUUCACGCCCGAGCGCGCGGCCCACGCGCAGCUGCACCCGCACCACCCCAGUCCCGGCGGGCACGGCAACACCAGAGAUCUGAUCGACCGGCACAACCCCGCGCCCUCCGUCCCCGUACCGGUCAAGACCGAGCCGCAGUGGUACCUCCCCGGCGCCGGCUACGGCGUCUCCCCGCCGUCGGCCCACUACGCGCUCCCUCGGUACAGCCCCAAUACCGGCAGCUCGCUCUCGAUGGCGCUCGCCGAGCCGUCCUCCGUCGCGGUUAAACCCGAGCCGGACGCCAUCGACCCCUCGCACCUGCUCUGGAACCCGAGCUCCAGCCCCCCCACCUCUCACCCGAUGAACGUCUCGCCGCCGACCCAGCAGAGCCGUUUCAAAUACGAGCACCGCUUCCCCCCGCCGACCACGCCGGAGACGAACCGGGUGCGGAGCGUGUGCGUCUGGGCCGAUGACGGCGGGGGCGGGGGCAUACCGCCCGUCUCCAUCGACGUCGACAAGCUCGCCGCCUCGACCGCCUCAACGCCCUCCUCGCCCUCCUCCUCCCCCUACGCUUCUUCUUCUUCUUCUUCUUCCACCGACGCCAGCUCGAUCCCGCGGAUCGCCAUCCGCAUCAAAGUCCGCGUCCCCGCCCCAUCGCCCGUCCAAGGGCUCCGCGGCACCGUGUCCCUCGCGGGCACCUGGCGCGCGGCGGCGCAGUGCGCGACGUACCUCCAGUGCGGCGGGGCUCAGGGACCGUGUUUAUCCCGGGAGACCGGGGCGCUCGAUCCCGCCGCCGCGCCGGCGACGAUGGUCCAAGCCGCGAGUGGGACCGGCGGCGUCGUCGCGGGCCUGCCGCCGUCCGCGCUGACAAGAUGCGCAUGGCUAGACGAUGCCCAGAUGCCGGCGACGAUCACGCAGCGGAUAGAGGUCGACGGACACGUGCUCGCGCUGCUCAUAUACGACGUCGAACGCGUCGGGUUCCCGACCGCGCCGUCCGCGGAGGUGGUGUACUACCAGAAAUUCAAAGCGUCGGCGACCGCGACCUCGCCGCCACCGCCGCCGCUGCUGCCCCACCUGAUCAUACCUCAACACCAGCAGCCGCACCCGAUAUCAAUACCUCAGCAGCAGCACCAGCACCAGCAACAACAACCGAUACAUCAUCAUCAGCGGCAUCACCACCCGCAACAGCUGCCGUCGCCCGUCUCGCCGAACACCAACAACGGCAUGGCCGCCUCCCCGUUCCCGACGGACGCGCCCAUAACGCAGUACGGCCGGCGGCACUUCCCCCCCGGGGCGAGCAUGCAGUGCGCACCCUCGCCCGCGCCCGCGUUCGGGUACGGCGGCACGCCCAUGCCCUACUGCCAGUAA